AUGGCCGCCAACACCGAUAACGAACAACUCUCUCCACUCCCCAAACCGACACGUUUCAUCACCGGGCACAACUCCGAUGCGAAGUCAGUUGUCUAUACUGAGGAUGGCGCUUCCUGGACCAACCUCGGCGACGAUAUGGGCUUCUAUGUCCCGUACACUACCUCGCGGUUUCCAGUGAACAUGACAGAUGGGACGGAUAUUGAAAAGAACAAGGAAGUCACAACCUCCGGAAAACUUGGGCUGGUUAACCCCGGCGGCACAGUGUGUCGAUACGUCGACUUUGCACCGGGUAACAAGCCCAUCAUGCAUCAGACUGUCAGCCUGGAUUACGGCAUUGUGCUCGAGGGAGAGAUUGAAAUGAUCUUGGACUCUGGGGAGAAGAAGCUGCUGAAACGCGGGGAUAUCGCUAUCCAACGGGGCACGAUGCAUGCGUGGAGCAACCCCAGUAAGACGGAGUGGGCAAGAAUACUGUUUGUUCUGCAGGCGAGCGAGAAUAUUGUUAUUGAUGGAAAGGUGUUGAAAGAGGAUAUCCCAUCGGAGGCACACAUUCAGCCAAGCCAGUGA